CAAAUCUUUUUCUGAUUGGUUGAACGAUUCGAUCGAGAAACGACAGUAAGCCAGUCGACCAGCGACAAGCAUGGGGAGAGCACGUGUCAUUUAUAUUGUUGCGCACAACUCGGCAAGCUUAUACGUCGACUCGCACGAUUAUACCACCACCCCUACCGACUUUUUCACCAGUGAAAUGAACGUAGUCGGUAACGCCACUAGCGUUGUAACAACCACCGAGAAAAAGACAUCAGUUUCUUCUUUUGUAGAGGUGGUUGAUAGUUCGAAAAUUGUAGUACCAUCGCGUACACCGAAUACAGUGCCCGCGAAUGCUAAGUACAUCAGCGUACGCCGUCGGCCUGUUACGAUGCUACUCGCGGUGAUCGCGCUCCUCUGUGCCGGUAGCAGUGCCGAGGUGUUCACUAACACGUUCCUCGUGAAGAUGAGGCAGCCCGCGGAAAGACACAUCGCUGAUCGCGUGGCUGCUAGAAAUGGAUUCGUUAAUCUUGGACCGAUAUUGGGCAGUCAGACGGAAUAUCACUUCGUGCACAAAGCUCUGCCGCACGCACGGAGCAAGAGAUCCGUGCCCCACAUGAGAAGAUUGAAGGUGGAUCCUUUGGUGCACACAGCCGUGCAGCAGCCUGGAUUCAAGAGGGUGAAGAGGGGUUACAAGCCUCUCAGCGUGGAUAAUCUGGUGCCCCUCUAUCAAAUUAAAAAUCCAUCGAAUCCUGGCAACAGAGACCCGUCCGAUCCUUACUUUCAGUAUCAAUGGUACUUGAAAAACACCGGCCAAAAUGGCGGGAAACCGAAGCUGGACUUGAACGUGAAAGCAGCCUGGGCUCAAGGCGUGACCGGAAAAAAUGUGACCACGGCUAUAAUGGACGAUGGGGUCGAUUACAUGCAUCCGGAUUUGAAAUAUAAUUACAACACGAAAGCCUCUUACGACUUCAGCAGCAACGACCCUUACCCUUAUCCGAGAUACACCGAUGAUUGGUUCAAUAGCCACGGAACGAGAUGCGCCGGCGAGGUAGCGGCGGCCCGGGACAACGGCGUGUGCGGCGUGGGCGUAGCUUACGACUCGAAGGUAGCCGGGAUCCGAAUGUUGGAUCAGCCUUACAUGACCGACCUGAUCGAGGCCAACAGCAUGGGCCACGAACCUGACCUCAUAGACAUUUAUAGCGCCUCAUGGGGGCCGACCGACGACGGGAAAACCGUGGACGGGCCGCGAAAUGCGACCAUGAGGGCCAUCGUGCGCGGCGUUAACGAGGGUCGAAGAGGAUUGGGCAACAUUUACGUGUGGGCCUCUGGCGACGGUGGUGAGGAGGACGAUUGCAAUUGCGACGGUUACGCGGCCAGUAUGUGGACCGUCAGUAUUAAUAGCGCCAUCAACGAUGGGCAAAACGCUCAUUACGACGAGAGCUGUUCGAGCACCCUGGCUUCCACGUUCAGCAAUGGUGCCAAGGAUCCCAAUAUUGGAGUGGCCACCACCGAUCUGUACGGCAAAUGCACGACGACGCACAGUGGAACGUCAGCCGCCGCGCCGGAAGCCGCAGGAGUGUUUGCCCUCGCCCUUGAGGCCAACCCACAAUUGACCUGGCGCGACAUUCAACAUUUGACGGUUUUAACCUCGAAGAGGAAUUCAUUGUUCGACGCGAAAGGAAGAUUUCAUUGGACGAUGAACGGGGUCGGCCUCGAAUUCAAUCAUCUGUUCGGUUACGGCGUGUUGGACGCCGGUGCAAUGGUCGCUUUGGCAAAGAAAUGGAAAACUGUGCCGCCACGGUAUCAUUGCGAGGCUGGUUCCGUGCUCGAAACUCAGGAAGUGACGAGUGAUCGAUCGAUCUUGUUGAAAAUAAAGACUGAUGCCUGCGCGGGGACCGAGUACGCUGUCAACUAUCUGGAACACGUACAGGCCGUCAUUUCGGUGAACGCUACGCGACGUGGCGAUUUGGAACUGUUUCUAACCUCCCCCAUGGGCACCAGAUCGAUGAUUUUGAGCCGGAGAAUAAACGACGACGACCACAGAGACGGUUUCACGAAAUGGCCUUUCAUGACCACUCAUACUUGGGGGGAGUAUCCUCAAGGGAAUUGGUUGUUGGAGGUGAGCUUCAAUACUCAAACGCCUCAGCACGGAUGGAUCAGAGAGUGGACCCUGAUGCUGCACGGCACCAGAGAGCCGCCUUACACCGGGCUUCCUGCAGCCGAUCCACAUUCCAAAUUGGCGAUCGUGAAGAAAGCGCACGAGGAACGAUCGUCGGCUAUGUAACGACGACCACGAAGAAGAAGAAGACCCUAGAUACAUUCAUAUCGAGACAUGUUCACGCGUCUACUAGUCUUAUUGUUUAAGGAUCUCAUUUUUACAAGAGGAAAAUAUUUGUCGAAGCUGUCUUUUCGUAAUAGUUGAUGAUGAAACCCGUAGAAGAGGAGGAGGAAGAAGAAGAAGAAGAAGAAGAAGCUUUAUGUUCGACAAUUCUGAUCUCCGGAUAAUUUUCAUAUAGUUACAUCCGAAUUUUUGCAGAUUGCUGCAUUCCUUACGUACGAUUCCUGUGAUAUCGCGUGCUAUUUAUUUUUUUUUAUUUAUUUAUUCUUUUUUGUUUAGCCAUACAGCUUAUCCGUUGUUUUUAAUUUUCUCGUUUUUACGAUGAAUUAUAGUAUUUAUAUAUGAUUUAGAUAAGAGACAUUGUUGGACUUGUUGGAGAAAAAUCGUGUUUUUAUUCUCGUAUUCGAUAAUUUUUCUUUAUUUUUUUAAUUUUUACGAUUUUCAUCCAGCAUGAAAAUUAACCUCAGACGAAAAAUAUACGCGUUUGCGAAUCGUUAUUCGCGUGAGCAUUCGAGAAACCUAUACGAACAUACAUAAAAAGAUUUGAAGGGAAACUGACGAUUUCAGUUUUAUUCCACGCGACAACUCCUAUCAAUGAAUAAUAAAUAAUAAACAGAGAGAAGGAAGAAAUCGAAGGGAAAAAUCUUGAAAGAUUUAUAUCCCCAUCAGAUCUAAGAAAUGCUAAAUAACGCCAAAACCAGUCUCAGUUGGGAACAAUAAUCAUUCGGAAUUAUUCUCACAACUCGACCAACGAGCCCGUCCGUCUCGUACCAAUUUAACAAACGUUAUUGAAUUCGCGUAGCUGAGCCUUUAACGCGUGUCGAGUUGGGAGGGAAGAGAAAUAAUUGAGAACAGAGAGCAGCAGAAGGGGAAGGAGAUAGAAUUUAAUGGUAGUCCACGCGUGCCAACGUUUGUCAUUCAUCAAACGGAAGAUAUUUUCCGUGGAGGAACGAAAAAGUUUCGUAAAACAGGAUACGACGAACUUUUUUUAACAAUAUAUGUAUAUAUAUAUUAGAUCGUUAUUAGAUGUUCGAUUAUACGCGUGUGUGUGUAUAAACACGCAUGGAUUUCUCCUCGAGGAACGAAACGUUGCAAGUCGAUCGAGCGACGCUUGAUCUUUCCAAAUUGUCCAAUUUCCGUACAGUUUUAAGGGAGGAUGAAAAAAGAGAAAUUAACCAAAUUAUAGAAAAAUCAUCAUCGAUCUUCACGAUUCCAGAAGAUUUUCGAACAAAGAAUUCGAGAAGUAAUCGUAUAAUUUUUAUCACGUUUAAAAUUUUCUUUGGAUCUACUUUUUUUUAUAGAGAAGAGAAAUUUUUCGAAAAUAUCGUGAAAGACUUUCAUCGAUUCUGACGCGUCACGCGUUUUCUUCUGUCCUGUCGUAGCGUGGAACAACUUCCCAAAUCAAACAAAUCUGUACCUCACCCUUGAACUUAUAACAUAUCCUACUCGUAUCCACGAUGAUCCCUCGAACACGACGCACAAUUGUACUUCAGAUAAUAAGGAUAAUAAUUUUUUACCAAAAUUUGUCGAUUCGCGAGCUCACUUGACCGCGUCAAAAGAAAAGAAAAGAAAAAAAAAGAAAAGAAAAAAAAAAUAGAAAAAAAAAACAAACAAAAUAAACGACCACGAUAAAAUACAUAUGUAAAUGUAUAACAGUAGCUAGUCGAAAAGACUUCUCCCCUCCUCGCUCCCCCCUCCGAUAGUAUUCAAAAUUUUUAAAAAGAAACAACGUGUGCGUGUAGAAUCAAGAGUGCACGAUAAUUUAAUCGACGUUCGCACGCAUGGACUGACUGUAUUGAUUCGAGGCAACGCUUCGAUCGAUAUAGAUUCCCUCUUUGAUCUCCAUAUCAUAUCUCGGCUCGGUAAUCUCUUAUCUUAUUACGUACGAGGGCAAAAUUCGAAUACGAAAUACGGAUAUAUAUACAUAUAUAUAUAUUUAUCAAAGGGGUAGUUCCCUAGGCACCCCCUCCCCUUAUGUUUCUCGCUUGCAUUGUACCGCCGCUCGCUCUAUACUCACGUCCAUUCGUGCGUGAUCCGAUCAUUAGUCGACCAUGCACACUUUUGUAAGAAAAGGAAAGAAAAGAAAAAAAAUGCGAGUGAAGGGAUUAUUCCGCCUGAAAACGAUAUCAGAAUCGUUCCAGACAAAUAUUUCGUGGAGAUAUAUAACGUCGUCUCGAACCAACCGACCGAGGAUUGAUUGAUCGACUGAGGAAACUUCGUUUCGAAAAGCUUCCGUUUAUUAUUAUUAUUAUUGUUAUUAUUUGAUUAAAUCGACGUCUCUUGUCGGCUUAGGGGAUUGGAUUAUUUCACGUCUAUUAAUAUUUCGCAUAUUGUAGGAAAGACUCCAAAACCUCUUUCGCUUUUCUUCUCACGAAGGAAGAGUUGCGAGAGGUUGUUUUAAGUGGCCUCCCAAUCUCGCGGAACGGGAGUCUUUCACGAGAAUAUAUUUUACGAGAUCUCUGUAUGAGAUCUCUCACUUUUUCUUUUAUCGGUAAAUUGAUCGAUUGACGCGUAGAAUGAGACUAAUCGAGAGAGAGAGAGAGAGAGAGGAACGUAAUUUGGAAAUUGAUUUCGAUGUCAAUGAGCGAAUUUUUAGCGAGAAUUAUGGGAGGAUACUGCGUAUUUAAUUGUAUUCCACUCGAAGAAUUUUAGAUUUCUCGAUCUUGCGAAUCGAAUGGGAGGAAAGGAUGUAGAGAUUGAGGAAAAGGGGGAUAGAGGGAAGAGUAUAUUAUAGGAACCAAAAAUAGAGGAAGAGAGAAAAAAAUAUAUAUAUAUAAAAAGAAAAGAUAAAGACGUGUAGAUAUUCUAGAUACUAGAUAUUCUAGAUAUUCUAUUCGGAGAGAUUUGCGCAUUAAACGUUGAGAGAAAGAAGAAAAAGAAGAAGAAAAUCAACAGAAAAUAUACAUAUUAUAUAUAUAUAUAUAUAGUUGAAGUGAAUUUAAUCAACCUUAUUCUGUACGUGAUGUACGUGGAUGAAUAAAAUCUUUAUUUUUUGGCCUG